GGCCGCGCAGGCGCCGUGAGAGGCGGUAGCGGCGGCGGCGGCGGCGGUGGUGGUAGUAACGGCGGCAGCUGUGUGGGGGUUUCAGAAGAUGGUGCUGAUUAAGGAAUUCCGGGUGGUUUUGCCCUGUACUGUUCAGGAGUAUCAGGUUGGACAGCUUUAUUCUGUGGCUGAAGCUAGUAAGAAUGAAACUGGUGGUGGUGAAGGAAUUGAAGUCUUAAAAAAUGAACCUUACGAGAAGGAUGGAGAAAAGGGACAGUAUACACACAAAAUUUAUCACCUAAAGAGCAAAGUUCCAGCAUUUGUGAGGAUGAUUGCUCCUGAGGGUUCCUUGGUGUUUCAUGAAAAAGCCUGGAAUGCAUACCCCUACUGUCGAACAAUUGUAACGAAUGAAUAUAUGAAAGAUGAUUUCUUCAUUAAAAUUGAAACAUGGCACAAACCAGACCUGGGAACAUUAGAAAAUGUACACGGUUUAGAUCCUAACACAUGGAAAACCGUUGAAAUCGUCCACAUAGAUAUUGCAGAUCGAAGUCAAGUUGAACCGGCAGACUACAAAACUGAUGAAGACCCAGCAUUAUUCCAAUCAGUCAAGACCAAGCGAGGCCCUUUGGGACCCAGCUGGAAGAAGGAGCUGGCAAACAACCCAGACUGCCCUAAGAUGUGUGCCUAUAAGCUGGUGACCAUCAAAUUCAAGUGGUGGGGACUGCAAAGCAAAGUAGAAAACUUCAUUCAGAAGCAAGAAAAAAGGAUAUUUACGAACUUUCAUCGCCAGCUCUUUUGUUGGAUUGACAAGUGGAUUGAUCUGACAAUGGAAGACAUUAGAAGGAUGGAAGAUGAAACUCAAAAAGAACUAGAAACAAUGCGUAAGAAGGGUUCCGUCCGAGGCACAUCGGCUGCUGAUGUCUAGAUCAGGGUCAGAGACAAUAUCAAACUGUUUACGUAAUCAAGGUCAAGUGAGGGGAACAAGUGCAGCCAGUGAUGAGUAAAGAAGAAUCGGACCAGUGUCUUACAGUGUUGACGUUUCCCAGACAUGUGCAUACGACUUUGUACACACAUGCAGAGGUUCCCAACCACGUGUGUAUAUAUGUAUGUGUGUGUAGAUCUGUAGCUGUAUAUAAAACGCAUGUAGAGCUACAGAUAAAGGUACACACAUUUGUGUAUAUAUAUAUGUACAUACAUACAUAUGGAAGGGAUUAGUACAAUGUCUCCAAAGUACUGUACCUAUCUUCGGCAAGAAUGCAGAAGAAAAUAUUUUCAAUAUAUAUACCUGGAACAGAUUUUAAUAAUUAUCAGAGUAAUAUCAUUAAUGGACAAAUUGACUGCAACAUAAUACUAGCUGGUAUGUUUCAUAAAUGUCAAGUUGUGGACCAAUAUAUAUAUAUAUAUAUAUAGCCUUUUAUUAUCUUUCCAUUCUUUAAAUCAGUCUUAAAAAUUUUUAUUUUAGACCCAUAAGCAAACAGACUCCCACAGAAAAAUUCAUCCUAAAUUUUUUUGGUAUCUUAAUGAAUCUGGGAUGUAAACUUUGAAUGUAUUUAUAACUAUUUAUUUCUGGAUGGUCGUCAUCUUACAGCCAAAUUUGACAAUAUCUACUAGUGAGGGGUAAAGUCACUGGCAAAUUUUUACUUGUUUGCCCUGAACAAAAAAUCCUUUUAAAAAAUUUCCGGUUUUUAUUGGAUCUUUGUAUUUUAAAUUUCAAGUAUUUUUCUACAUCAAACCUAGCAAAAAUGGAGAUGACGGUUUCUGAUUUAUAAUAAACACUAUACAACUUUCAAGCGCCUGUUAGAAAAAGGAAUUAAGAAAUUAAAUCUUAAUAAUAUUGUAGGCUGUGUAGAAAAAGUGGAUGUAUAGCACUUCCAUGGAGUCUUGUUUCUGAAAUGACUGUUUUCUGAAAUCGCAGCUUGGAAACUAUGCAAAUGGUCUAGAUUCCUCACAGCUUACACAAUAGGAUACAGUGAUGAUGUUUUGCUCUUUUCAUGUUGAAAUACACUUUAAGGGUGGGGAGAGGAUGCUGACUUUGAGACAGCAAGAAAGACCCAGCAAGAGGCUUGCCUGCCUGUGGUUAGGGGGCCCUGCUGAGGGACUGGUGUGCCUCUGCCCUUUCGAUGUGCUCUCAAUUGCAAGGUCCAUGGGAACGGAUCCUGGAUCGGCAUGAUGAAAAUGCCGCAAUGCUGGUGAGACGCUGUUGCCUUUGGGGGGA